AUGUCCAUUGCAUCCCCAUCUGAAGGCAAGGGCAUGGCCCUUCUGCCCAGGGAGAUCUUCUGGCUUGUACUGAAGCAUCUCGAACCCGGCGAUGUCCUCCGUUGCCGACGAGUGUGUCAGUCCUGGAACGUCGCCUUUCGAAUUGGCGCCAAUCUGCUUCCAAUGUUAAAGAAACGAUACCCAUUAGCGAGAGAGGUGCGGCAAUUAGACUCUGAAAGCGCAGAAUCACUCGAAACGCCAGAAUACGACAUUCGCAUAUCCCAGAUCUUCGAUAAGGUCACGGCGAAAUACGACUAUCUAAGCCGAGUAACGCCCCAAACAAUGCACAGGCUUAAGCUCUGCGAUGACUUCGGAAUCACAGGCGAGAGGAACUGGUUCCCCGUCCAGCCCUGGGAGUAUCACGCUAGCCAUCUCAUGCAGCGCAUCGAUCGACCCUUCGGCGAAACCUUCUGGUCCUACGACGACGGGCUCCUAGUGUACCCAAGUGCAGACCAUUCAUGUCUCGUCCUGAUGGACAUGGAGACCGACAGGAAAUUCAUGGUCCCAUUCAUGAUCGUCGGGAGAGUAAUACGCCGAGUCCGGCUUCAGAAACGAGUGCUCGUCAUCGAAUGGGCAGAAAACAAAGCCUACCACUGGCUCAACGACAGCGACGGUGUCCACCGACACUUCGCUACCUCGUUCGACGUAAACCAGAAGGAAGAUGGCUGGCGAGUUAAUUUCCGUAACGAAUGGAAAAUCAUGUUCCUCGGACAUCCUCUGAGCGAGCGAGAUCGGUUCUACUCCACCCAUACCCAGACCCAUUAUGCCAUCUACAUCUGGCAACCCAACCGCAGCCUUUACACUGCAGACGAGGACGCCCCUAUUGAGUCCCUCUCCGUAUGGGACAUUUCCAAACCCUCCGAUUACCGACCUUCUCUAGACCCAACAGGUCGCUUGCGAGUCGAGUCCGGAGGAGGAGAAGAAGAUCUCGGACCAACCAUUAUCACUCGCUUCGGGUUCAGAGAACUAGGCUUCUACGGCGUCCGCCAGCGAGGACUCCCAGCAAUACAAUCCCUCAACAUCACCGACGACGAUCAAUCUAUUGAGAUCCUCGAAGGCACAUGCGCGGGCCGCUCACCGCAGGUUCUCGUUCCUGAUGAAUGGGAAUCUGAGGUGUGGGUUACGACUAUCCCAAUCGUUGGCGAGGGCCCGUGCCGACGACGGCGCGCUGACUUUCCGCUGCCGCCGUAUCGAGGAAAUUGUAGCUUGCAGACUAAUCCUAUCACCUUUGCUAUCUGCGAUGAGCCGUGGUAUUCUAUUGUUUGUGAGUCGUAUGAUGAGCAGUCUAAGGUGGGUUAUUGUCUUUACUUGGAAGAACAAAUAUGGCCGGUCGAGACAGCUAUGUUCUUGGCUGUUGGCUCACCUGAGUAUGCACCCGAGCCGGCAAACGUCUUGCCCGAGAGCCUUGUAAUGGAGCUCACGGCGAUGGGGAAGGUUUGUGGGACAGAGGACUAUCUGAUAGGGCAGAGCCACAAUCGUGAGCUUGUUAUUUUCAGGUUUGAUAGAUGA